GGCGGGCGGGCGGGCGUGCGGUGCGGUGCGGUGCGGUGCGUGGUGGAAGGAAGGUUGAUAAGGGGAGAAGACUGAGCGCGGGGGCGGGCGGACGAGCGGACAGCAGGGACGUAGUAGAAGCGGCUGUGUUAGAGAGAGUCGAGAGUGGCUUUGGGCGGCCGUGGGCGCGACGGUGCCGAUGUGUGUGUGCUGGCGCGGCGGUGGCGGGCACGACACGCCGAGUCCUACGUGUUGAUUAGGUGGCACCCAUGGCCUUGCCGAAUUCCUCACGCGGGCUGUGCCGUGGGAGAGCAAGAGAAGGAGCCCACGCAGAUGGAAAAGAGUGGAUGCGUGGGCGGGGCGGCAGGCCUGGCACUGGCAGUGGUCGAGCUUUGGCUCCUGGCGUCUGUUCUCCUUCGUUCUCUCUUCCUUCGCGAAGCGCCUAGUCCAAGUACCUACCUCCUAGCCAGCCAGCGAGCGAGCGGAAGGAAGGAAGGAUGAUCCUCUGGCCCAAGUCAAACUCCACGGACACCUCCUCGCCCGAGCCUCUCACCCCGUCGGGGCGUGUCGGGA